CACAAAAACUUGCACACCAAGACAAACAAAUCAGGGUUUUUGCAUAUUAUAAAUAAAGUCAAAACAUACGACCUUUAUCAUCACUUCUAAAUAAUCAUGGCUUCUCGGUUGCUUGGUCCAGCGGAGAUCCGAGACUUCAACACUCUCCCCCCAAAACCCAUCAAAGCCUCUGCCACCGGCAACCCAUUCAUCGACCUAAUGGUCUCACAAUUCAACAAGUCAAUAAAAGUCAACGAUCUCUCUUCUCCUCAAAUGGGCCGUACCGAGAAUGGAUCCGGCACGUACCUCUCCUCACGCAACCCUUGCCUCGACUUCUUCUUCCACGUUGUUCCUACCACGCCCAAAGAAUCUAUUGAGAAGCGACUCAGCAAGGCUUGGGACCACGACGCCUUAACCACACUCAAACUUAUAUGUAACCUUCGUGGAGUCCGUGGCACGGGAAAGUCAAACAAGGAAGGGUUUUACACGGCGGCUCUAUGGCUCCAUGGUCGUCAUCCCAAAACCCUCGCUUGUAACCUCGACUCCCUCUCGAAAUUUGGCUACUUUAAAGACUUUCCGGAGAUUCUUUACCGGAUUCUCAAAGGAUCUAAGAUCCGUGAAACCCAAAAAUCGGAAUUGGAGCAGAGGAAAAGGGUUUCUAGAGGUAGAGGAAGAGCUCCUUUUCAAGGUCGUCGCCGAACCGGUGGCCGUAAAAAGAAGUAGGCGGCGACGAGGGAGCUGAGGAUAUCGAGCGCAGAGUUGAGGAACGAGGCGGAGAAAGCAAUAGCGAGUAUAGAUCGGAAGCUGGAGAGGAUUUCAAUGGGGAAGGAAGCAUUUACCAGAUAUUCUCAAGAUCCAGACUAUCGAUUCCUCCACGAACGAGUCUCCGAUCUAUUCGCAGAUCACCUGAGGAGAGAUCUCGGGUUUUUGAAAUCCGGCGAGACGAACAAAAUCUCUCUGGCGGCGAAGUGGUGUCCGUCGCUUGACUCUUCGUUCGACAAAGCAACUCUUAUCUGCGAGAGCAUCGCCAGAAAGCUGUUUCCUCGUGAAUCGUUUCCAGAAUACGAAGGCGUAGAGGAAGCUCACUACGCGUACAGAGUUCGUGAUCGGCUCCGGAAACAGGUUCUGGUUCCUCUCCGGAGAACAUUGGAGCUCCCGGAGAUUUACAUGGGAGCUAAAGAUUGGGAAUCUCUUCCGUACAAUCGUGUAGCGUCAGUGGCGAUGAAGUCGUACAAGGAGAUAUUCUUGAAGCACGACGCCGAGAGGUUUCGGAAGUAUCUGGAAGAUGCGAGAUCAGGGAAAACGAAGAUCGCCGCCGGUGCUGUGUUGCCUCACGAGAUAAUCGGUGAAUUAGACGCCGGAGACGGUGGACAAGUCGCGGAGCUGCAGUGGAAACGAAUGGUGGAUGAUCUGAGAAAGAAGGGUUCGCUGAGGAAUUGCAUCGCUAUCUCCGACGUGUCGGGAUCUAUGAACGGAACUCCGAUGGAGGUUUCCGUCGCGCUUGGUGUGCUCGUCUCCGAGCUAUCGGAGGAGCCGUGGAGAGGAAAGCUGAUAACUUUCAGCGCGGAUCCAGAGCUACAGUUCGUGGAUGGAGACGAUUUGAGGUCGAAAACAGAGUUUGUGAGGAAUAUGAAAUGGGGAGGUAACACUGAUUUUCAGAAAGUGUUUGACUUGAUUCUGAGAGUGGCGGUUGAAGGGAAGUUGAAGCCGGAGGAGAUGAUCAAGAGGGUGUUUGUGUUCAGUGACAUGGAGUUUGAUGAAGCCUCGUCUUCUAAUGAUUGGGAGACGGAUUAUCAGGUGAUUGUGAGGAAGUACAGAGAGAAAGGGUAUGGAGAAGUUGUGCCGGAGAUUGUGUUUUGGAAUUUGAGGGCGUCGAAGUCAACGCCGGUGCUAGGAAACGAGAAAGGAGUGGCUUUGGUGAGUAGGUUUUCGAAGAAUAUCAUCAAAGUGUUUUUGGAUCAUGAUGGAGAGAUUGAUCCCAUGACGAUCAUGGAGAUUGUUCUAUCCAGAGAAGAGUAUAAAACUCUUGUAGUGGUUGAUUGAAAGAUUCGGGCUUUGGUUUGUUAUUUAUGGUUUUAUUUAUAAUUCUUAUUCUUCGAAGAUCUAUAAUUUAUAAUGCAUUGUACUCUUCUCUGAAGAAAUCAUUGUAACUGACAUGAAGA